GGUUAAUUAAAUAAAUGGGAAUAAAAAGAAAGAGAGUGAUAAUGCAGGCAGGAUCUCUUUUGAAUCCAAUAUUUAGAUAUGUAUUAAAGAUGAAUUUCAUUGCUAACCCUACAGAUGUACAUGGAACAAGAUUACUAAGGUAUAUUAGAUUUAUUAUCCAUAGACAUUUGCAAUAUUCAACAAUGAAUUUAAAUAAGAAAUUACAUCAACCAAAUUUUGAAUCUUCAUAUAGAGAAUCAGUAGAAUGUAUUUCUAGUAAAUGGGAAAUAAAAUUUGGUAUAUUAUUCUAAUAAUUUUAAGUGAAUGGAUGGGAAAGGACAUUCUAUAUGAAAUAUGCAGAUAUGUCUACACUUUAUCAAACUAUUAGGCAAUACAAUUAUUUCAUUGAAGGCUAAAGAGCUCUUCAAGGUGAGGAUGAUGAACCAGAUGAUACCUUAUUACAAUAUUGAAUUAAAUAUAAUAGAGAGAAUUAUCAG